CGCUACAGAUCCAGUCUCUAGUCCCAUCUUCGCGAAAGGGCUACAUCUCAUCCCUUAGGGGCUACCAACGAUAUUGCACCACCCGAAAAAUUAGGGAGUUUCCUCUCGUCUUCAUUGAGGUCAAGCGAUUCUUAGGACUGGCAAAUACGGCCGAGUCUGCAAACGCAUGGCUGGCUGCGAUAAAGAAGGCGUCUGUAUUG